AUGAGACUAGGCAAGACCGACGUCGAGGCCUCUUACACCAGCGGUGGUGAAGAGAGCCACAAGACGGUGGCCGACGAUGUGAUCUCGUCGACGACGACGACGCCGCCGCCGCCCGACAUCACCACCAAAGAGGCCAUCUCGCAAGACGAGGAAUACGACGAGGACGACUUUCCCGACGGCGGGCUCAGGGCCUGGCUCGUCAUUGCCGGCGGCGCGUCCAUCUUUUUCUGCUGCCUGGGCUUUGGCAACUCGUUUGGCACGUUUGAGGCGUACUACCUCGCGCACCAGCUCAAGGGCCAGUCGCCAGACAACAUUGCCUGGAUCGGCUCCGUGUCUGCGUUUCUGCCGUUUGCGACGGGCGUGCUGGGCGGGCCGCUCUUUGAUCGCUACGGUGCCAAGGUGGUGCGCCCGGGGACCAUUCUGUACAUUUUCGCCAUGAUGAUGCUCAGCCUGUGCAAGGAGUACUGGCAGAUCAUGCUGGUCCAGGGCAUCCUGAUGGGCAUCGCCAUGGCCUUUCUCCAGUUCCCCGCGUUCGCGGCCGCCGCGCACUACUUCAAGAAGAAGCGCGCGGCGGCGCUGGGCGUCAUGGUGGCGGGCUCCUCGAUCGGCGGCAUCGUCAUGCCCAUUGUCCUGUCCAAGCUGCUCAACAGCUCCGGCCUGGGCUUCGGGUGGUCCGUCCGCGUCAUCGGCUUCCUCAUCAUGCCGUUUAUGCUCUUUGCGUGCGUGACGGUGACGCCGCGGCUGCCGCCGCGCCAGCGCCGCUUCUGGAUGAUGGACGUGUACCGCGACAGGAAGUUUGUGCUCUUUUGCGUGUCCUUCUUCUUCAUCCUCGUCGGCAUGUUCACGCCCAUCUUCUUCCUGCCCACGUACGCCCUGCGGCGCGGCAUGGGCGCCACGCUCGCCGGCUACCUGCCCGCCAUCCUCAACGCAGCGUCCACGUUUGGGCGGAUCAUCCCGGGCAUCCUGGCCGACAAGUACGGGCCCAUCAACAUUUUCGGCCUCGGCGCCGUCAUGACGGGCGUCGUCAUAUUUUGCUUCAACGAGGCCACGUCCAACGCGAGCAUCAUCGUCUACGCCGUCGCCUUUGGCUUCGUCUCGGGCACCAUUGUCUCGGGCGCGUCGGCGGCCAUUUCGCUCUUUGCCAAGGAUGCGCGCGAUGUCGGCACAUACAUGGGCAUGGGUAUGGCCCUCGCGUCUUUUGGUGUGCUGGUCGGGCCGCCGGUGAAUGGCGCGUUUGUCAGGACGUAUGGGAGCUUUCUCGAAGUGUCCGUAUUCAGCGGCGCCAUGUGCCUGUUUGGCGGGAUCCUAGCGCUGUCGGUCAAGCUCAUGAUGCCCCAGGGUAUUUUGGGCCGGACUUAG